AUGGAAUCAUAUUCAUCACCGGACAUUGAUGAGAAGCUUGCAUUGCUUCAUAUGGAAAUGGCCUCGUUGAGUGUUGAAUGCGAUCGUCUGUUGAAUAAGCAUUUGAUUGUUGAGAAGACGCUUUCGCAGAGCUGCACAGCUUGGCCCAACGGCGCCGCCGACACCUCAUCGGCCUACAAUACCGGCGGCGAGAGUUGCCGAAGUGUUUCGGUGACACCCGACACCACAUUCAUCCGCGCCAAUUCAAUUAGUCAGCCGCAAAAAUCGCCGCGAGGCCUACGACGGACCACAAAGUUGCCGAGUCCGGCGGUUCAGCGCAAAUCUCAAAAAUUGCCGAUUGUCGUUCUGCCGCAUGACGACAAACCAGUGCCUGUAAUUAAUAAUAAUGGUCAAAUUGACGAUUCGAAAGCGUCAUGCUCGAAAUGCUCGGUUUUCAAGGCGCCUAAAUCGGUGAUUGGCGCUCUAAAAGGGACGAGCCUUCGCAAAAUUUCAAUCGCCAAAAAUCUGGUGUCAUCGUCAUCGGCGGCGCCGCCGCCGCCGCCGCCGCCGCCAACCACCGAUGCCGUUGAGUAUGCGAAGCGAUUUCGAAUCCCAUCAUAUUCGGUCGUUUUGAAAGAUGAGACGACGAGAAAGAGCUCGUUUCGCUUCGCGAUUCCCCAAUAUUUUCGAACGACGCGCACGAAACCGACGAGUUUUGUCGUCGACACACUUCCCGAUGAUGAAAUUGAAGAAGUUGUCGAUGAGGAAAAAAUGGCCAGCAAAGAUAUCGCCGACACCGCAAUUCAUUACAAAUGGAAGAUAAAACGCCGAUGCGACGGCUCGCGUUAUAUAGUGAAACGACCGAUACGCAGCCAAAUAUUGAAAAAGCGAGAAGCUCAAUUGUAUCGAGAACGAGCGCCAAUUUCAACCGACGAUGACGCAAUGAGCGAGCUUAAACUUGGCAGAUUUCACACAAGAGAGGAACGAAAACGGAUUCUUGAAAGGGAGAAGCUGAAGAAGACGUUGAAAAUGCAACAAAAGAUGGUCGAGCGAGCGCAUCCGUCCGAGCAGGCGAUUCUUCAAAUAUCACAACAAAAAAUGGCGCGCGAGAAGGACAACAUGAUCUAUGAUGAGUUUGUGACAACACGCGAAGUCCUUUCGAGUCGCACACGACCAGGUGGAAUCCAUGGGAUUGUCUCAAUCACGACGGUGUAA